AUGUCAUAUCAUUUAAAUAUAUUAUCUGCAUUAUCCCGAACUUCUUCACCACAACCAGAAACUACAUCAUCAUCAUCUUUACCACCACCACCACCACCACGGAAACACCAACACCAACAUCUAUCAUCUUCUAACCUUACACUUGAAGAUGAUAAACUUGCUAGAGAAUCCGAUGUUACUGUAUCAAAUAUUACUCUGCUGGAAGCAGAAUAUCGAGGAUUUUCUAUUCAUAUAAUAAGUUCUAUUGGAUUAAUUAUUUGGAUAAUUUGGACAUUAUUACCUGAUUAUUUAUUAAAUAAAUUAUCUAUAAAUUAUUAUCCUAAUAAAUAUUGGAGUAUAAUUAUUCCUAAUUAUUCAUUAAUAUUAAUGAUAUUUAUUUAUUGGAUAUUUGCUUUAUAUAAUAUUGAAAUUUUAACAUUACCUUUGAAUGAUAUUCAUUGUAUAAUUGAUGAAAAUUCUGUAUUUCCUGGUGAGAAAACGACUAGUCAUAAUAAUAAUAAUGAUGAUGAUGAUGAUGAUGAUGAUUCAAUUAUGAAGAAUUCAAUUGAAUAUAUACAUAAAGCACCAAGUGGAGUUUGGGAUUUACCUAUAACAUUAGUUAAUGAUGUAUUAUAUGAAUAA